UCUGUAGUUGUGUAUCUCUUUGACAUUUUAUAGGACUGAUAUGGAGAUUCAUAUUUUACACGAAAAUGACCCAAUUAGCUAAGAUACUACCGUUUUCAAAGUUGCUAUGGCGCUCCCGUCGCUCAGUGCUUGCUAUUCUGAUGGUGAUGAUGCUAAGCCCCAUCCUCUUAUUCACCAUGGACCGAGCGAAAGAUAUCAUACAAGAUUUGAGUGAUACUAACAAGCUACUCCGUAGGCAACUAGAAGAGGAAGUUUAUCAUGUUGGUACCGGCUGCAAUAUGCCAUUACUGGAUCCGUUUGCCGAUCAAUUUGCUAACUUUAACAGGAAUCUACCGAUACUCAAAUGUCGUGGUGUUGACUGGGUCAAUUGUUUUAAAUCGGAUUGCCGAGUUUCCCAAUCCAUUCUGAGAACUACUAAAGAUGUUAUCUGUAUGUAUCGAUACAUUAUUUAUGUGUCAGAUGAAAAUUCUUACGUAAGCAAUCCCAUAAAAGUUGUUGGAGACGAGAAAUUUACCCUAAACAGGAGCGAUCAUGUCAAGAUUGAGUGUACGGGCAAACAUAUUAAUAACCCAAAAAUAAAAACCCAUUGGACAGGCUUCAAGGCUGGUUUCCGACAGCUGUCAACGGUUCCAGUACCUCCGAAUCGUAAGGACUCCCACAACGUGAUGAUCCUGUGUUUCGACUCCACUUCUCGCAAUGGUUUUAUAAGGACCAUGCAAAAAAGUUAUAAGUAUUUGACUGAGCAGUUGAAUGCUGUUAUUUUGAACAGUUACAAUAUCGUGGCUGACGGUACAACGGGCGCCCUCUACCCUAUUUUAUCUGGUAAACCUGAAGAAGAACAUAUAUUUUCGAGAUAUAGAUGGGAAACCGCGAGGAAGAAAUAUAUAGGCCCUAUGAAGUUUAUUUUCCAUAUGUUGAAGAAAUAUGGUUACCGUACAGCUUACUUCGAAGACAUGCCCUGGACUGGUUCUACGCAGCAGAAAUUCACCUGGUUCCGAAAACAGCCCGCAGACCAUUACCUCCGAACUUCUGUGCUAAAUGAGCUCGAUAGAGAUAGAGAAGAGAAGACUCAUCGAGGGCAUCCUACAAGGCACUGCUUAGGACCCACUCCACAGUAUCAGUUCAUGAUGAAUUUGGCUGAUCAGUUUCUCAAAUUAGACGGCAAGAAGUUCUGCUUCACAUUAAUAGUGGACACGGCAUAUGAUAACUUCACGGUGCAUCCUACUGCUGAUGACAGUUUGGUCUCCUUUAUGAAGACCCUGGAGGAUAGGGGAGCUCUUGAAGACACGCUGGUUAUGGUCAUGGGAGACCAUGGAUCUAGGUACUCAAAACAGCGCAAUACUUACCAAGGCAGAAUGGAGGAAAGACUCCCUUUAAUGGCCAUUCUCUUACCUGAAAAGCUCAAAAAACUCAGACCUGAUGCCUUCGAGGCUCUAAAACAAAACCAGGAUGUCUUGACCACGCCCUUUGAUAUCCAUGCUACCAUAUUAGAUGUACUGGAUCUCAAGAAUAAGAUCGAUAAGGAUAAAAUACCCGGAACUAAUCUUCCUAGAGUCAUGACUUUGUUGGAACCGAUUCCAAAAUCCCGUUCAUGUGGUGAAGCAGGCGUGAUGCCGCACUGGUGUGCUUGCUCCGAAUGGCACAACGUGGCCAGGAAUGACCCCAAAUUCGCGCACGUGGGUACGGUGUUCUCCGAGUACGUCCAGAGCAUGACUCAAGAAGUCGGGGAGCAAUGUGCUAUAAGGAGGCUAUCAUCUACGGAAUGGGUGUUACACCAACGCGCGGUAGACCAUCUAUCCAGAGUCAACUAUAUUGACUCCAAGGAUCUGAGGAAUAACAAUCCUUUUAUGAAGACUUUGGACGAUUAUUAUCAGGCUAGAAUAAUAAUGUAUCCAGGCAAGGCUGUGUUUGAGGGCACACUGGUAUACAACUCCGCCGGGGAUUAUUACAUGAUCACCUACAGGGACCUUUCUCGAGUUAAUGCGUAUGGAGAUGAGUCGAAGUGCAUAAGCACAACACAUCCUCACUUGAAAAAAUACUGUUAUUGCAAACACAAGCUCCCUAACUCCUAUACCUUUAGAAACGAAACUUUUGGCAAAUAAAUACCGUCGAAU